UAUGGCGUGUAUUCUGUUAACGUUUCAUAACUGUCCAAAAGAAAGGUUAACUUUUCAUGCAAUUUACUUGCAGAUGUAGCAAAGAACCGGGUCCCUUAACGAACACAAGCCCUCAAAGUUUUUAACUUUAGGCAAAGAAAAAUUCUCUGAGAUUAAUUUAAAGCUACACUUCAGCUCAGAUUGUACAAUAAGUGAAUCAGCUCACAAGCAAUCCAAGUUGAGCCCACAACAACAAUUAUAUAUAUUGCAACUAGAAGUCAGUCUCUAUAUAUUGAACAUGAUUCAUUCAGUAUAUUAGCAUAUAUCAUUGUUUGUGUACAACUAGAGUGAAGUGUUCACCAAUCGUUAUUCCAACUUACAUAGACACAUAUUGAGAAAUCAAUUAAUGUCUGAGAAGGAAAUGGAAGCGAGUAAUAAAGAAAUGAUUACUUUCAGCGAUGAAAUAGUGAAAGCACAAAAAGAAGCUGCAGCAAAAGAGUGGGAAUGUUUCGUGGACAUCUUCAGGAGGAAUGACAGGAAGGAGGAGUUGUUGUUUGAGCCUUUGGACUUGGUGAAGAACACUGCCAUUCAUGUGCUAGCUCGCUCAGGAAACAAGCAAUGCCUCAAAGAGUUACUCCAAAUGCUACCAAAAACAAAGCAGUUAGAAGCCUUGAGGAAGCCAAAUUAUGAAGAGAACACACCUCUUCACGAGGCCGUGUUGUUCCACGAUGAUCCAAAGAUGGUGGAUCUCAUCAUGGGUUUCAUGCCAUCGCAACGCGACAAAGACGCGCUUCUGGAGAUGAAGAAUAAUCAGAAUGAAACCGUGGCUUUUAGGGCUGCUAGGUAUGGGAGGCUAAGUGUGAUAAAGUAUUUGCAUGGCAAGCUGCAGCCCAGAGGCCUCCAGUCUUCUAAGCAUUUUCAACCCAAUAUAUAUGGCGGAAGGGAGCGUCCCAUUCUUCACACUUGUGUGCUCAAUUUUAGUUUUGGCGCUGCUAUUUGGUUGCUGAAAAAUGUGGAUAAAAGUUUAGCCAAAGAAAAGUUUAUGGUUCAGAAGAAAGAGAAAGAGAAUACAAAAAUAGUUUUGCAACUGACCUGUUUAAAGCUGCUAGCGAAGAUGCAGUUGGCUUUCGAGAGCACAGGCACCCUGGAAAUGGGACUCACAAAGAGACUCCUAUAUGAAUUGCUUCCUGAGGAUGGAUAUGAAUCAGAAUUGGAAGAUGACGCAGAAAACAAUUCAGUCAAAAUCGCAAGAGAUGAAGAAAGCAGCCAGCCGAAUGAUGGAAAUAAAAAGACAACCAAAUCAAAAGUUGGAGUUUUCUCAAGAAUCAACUAUGCUUUCUGGAAAUAUGCAAAAGACCGGUUCAGUUUUAUCGGUAAAAUUUGGGAUCAAAAGAAGAGACAUAAGUUUGCAGAGCAACUAGUUAAGUUGCUAUUGGACAUUGAUGAGGAAUCAUGGAAGCAGUAUCCUUUGGUACCCUUUAACGAGCCAAUAGCACUUUCAUUGGAGUUUCCCGGUAACGUCACAGAAAAGAAAGAGGAUAUGAAGCUUAUAAAUAGAGUUGAAAAAGAGGAGAGAGUAAAAAAAUUACUUGAAGAUAAAAAAAGUAAAAAGAAGCUCUACUCAGAUGACAAAGUCGGAAUAAUGUGGAAAAGUACACUUUUCAUGGCUGCAGCAUCAGGGAUUAUAGAAGUGGUGAAUCUAAUCGUUGGAAAGUAUCCUGAAGCCAUUUCUUAUGUUAACGAGGAUGGUCUCAACAUAUUGCAUGUGGCUCUGAAGUACCGUCAGUUGGAAAUCUAUGAGUUCAUAGAGAAAACUUCAGCAUUUGAGCUAUUGACACAAAGAAUAAGUAAAGAUAAACGUACUAUCUUGCACCAAGCUGGAAGCAUGGAGUAUUACAGAGAACAAGGAUUGGCAGGUGUGGCAUACCAACUGCAAUGUGAGCUAGAAUGGUACCAUCGAGUUAGAGAAAAGAUUCCAAAGCAAUACUUGAUGCAUGCUGAUGAAGAUGGUUUAACAGCAGGAGAUCUUUUGGACAUAGACCAUGCAGAGAUGCAUGAUGAAGCAAAGCAAUGGAUGAAGGAAACAGCUCAGUCAUGUUCCACUGUGGCAGUCCUUAUUGCCGGUGUUGUUUUUGCAGCUGCUUAUGCCAUCCCAGGAGGUAAUGAAGGAGGAAGACCCGUGUUACGUACCUCUUCUGCAUUCAGAAUUUUCACUAUCAUGGAUGUCGUGGCUCUUGCCACCUCAUUGGGUUCGGUGGUGAUGUUCCUUUCUAUACUCACUUCUUCAUUUGACUUGUGGGAAUUCCAUAGGGCAUUGCCUCGAAAACUAAAAUGGGGUUUUGCUAUGCUAUUUUUCUCACUCAUCACCACAAUGCUAGCAUUUGCUGCCACCAUUUUGCUCACUAUUCAUAUGGAGGGGAACAAAAGCUCGACAACUUUAGCAUACAGUUUGGCCUUUGUUAUUGUUUCUAUAUUUGGGUUGACACAAUUCCCUCUAUAUAAAAUGGUCGAAGACCAAGUGAAGGCAAUGAAGAAAUGGUGUGGCCCAAAAUCGACGAAAUCAAGAUCCAACAAAUCCUAAUGAAUUUGAUCUAUACUUUCAUUAUUCCCUAUAAUUCACUAGUUUCUUGUCAUUAUUAUAUACACUUUGAAUUGUGAUUUUGGUGAGUUGUUAUUUUGUUUCAAUAGUCAU